AUUAUAUAAUAUAUAAUAUAAUAUUAUUAUUACUUGUAUAAAUAUUUCUCUCCAAACUUUAAAGAAAUUAUUAGCAACAACUGUAGCCUCUGAUAUUCUUUCUUUAUAUAUACAAAAACUCUUUGAAGAGAGAAAGAAGUGAUAAAGGACAAGGAAGAAGCUAAAGAAAGUAAAUAAUGGCAAGUGGAAUGGUUUAUGAGAAUGAUCUGAUCAACCUCCAGGCAACCGAGCUGAGAUUGGGUUUGCCUGGUACAGAUCGUGAAACUACUCAUGAGGAACAAGCUUUGUCAUCAUCUGGUGUUGGAAUAAACAGCAGGAAACGACAAUUGCCUGAGGAAGAUUCUAGCUUGAUCAAACGACGUAGUUCUGAUGAUGGUGGAGAAGAUUCUGCUCCUCCUGCAAAAACACAGAUUGUGGGAUGGCCUCCAAUCCGAGCUUACAGGAAAAACAGCCUUCAACAGAAGAAAAGUACUGAGGCUGCUUCUUCAGAGAAUGCUGGGAUGUUUGUCAAAGUUAGCAUGGAUGGAGCUCCUUAUCUCAGAAAGAUUGAUCUAAGAGUUUAUAAAGGUUACCCAGAACUCUUAAAGGCCUUAGAAGACAUGUUCAAGUUCACAGUUGGUAAGUAUUCAGAGAGAGAAGGCUAUAAAGGGUCUGAUUUUGUACCAACUUAUGAGGACAAAGAUGGUGAUUGGAUGCUAGUUGGAGAUGUUCCUUGGGAAAUGUUUAUGUCAUCAUGCAAGAGACUGAGAAUCAUGAGAGAAUCAGAAGCAAGAGGGUUGGGGUGUGGUGUAUGAGAGAAAAAAACCCAGAAAGUGAUCAAUACAGAUGGGAUUAUUCUCUUAGAAAAGAGCAGAUCAUCAUCUGAUCACAGCUUGGGUUUUCGAAACAAGGAAAAGUACAAAAGAGCUAGUGGAGAGAAAACCUUCACUUUAAGGAAAAAGGAGUUUGAGGGAGAGAGAGAGAGAGAGAUUUAUUGUGUUAAUGUAAUUGUUUUCACAGCCCAUGAUCAUGAUCAUCAUCAGUCAUCAUUUAUGAUAGCAAUCAUCUUGAUUUGGUUUUGUGAUGAUCCAAUCAGACCAAUCAGACCGGUGCUGAGAUCUGAGAAGACUUUGAAAUGAGAUUCUGUAUAAAAAGGAAGAUCAGAGAAGAAGAAGGAAAAAAACUAAUUAUUAUGUCAUGUUUUUCAAGUUUUUGGUUGUGUUUCAAAUAUUGUGAAAUUGUAAUCAUAUUAUACCAAACUAUGCUAUCGCAAUUUAGUUUUGUGUGAUUGAACUUGGCCAAGAAAUUUGAUGUUGUAAGAUCUUGUGAAUAUAUAUGUACUUUUAUUUCAUUGUUGUUGAGUA